GCGCGGCCCCUGCGAGGGGGGCGCCCCGCGGGCGGCCGGGGCGCCCCGCCGCCGCCUAUGAGGGAGCCAUGGAGGGCGGCGGGGGGGCGCCGCCCGCCCUGGAGAAGAACGCGGCGGAGCUGACCGUCAUGGACGUCUACGACAUCGCCUCGGCCGUGGGGCAGGAGUUCGAGCGGGUCAUCGACCAGCACGGCUGCGAGGCCAUCGCCCGCCUCAUGCCCAAGGUGGUGCGGGUGCUGGAGAUCCUGGAGGUGCUGGUGAGCCGCAACCACAUCAACCCCGAGAUGGAGGAGCUGCGCCUGGAGCUCGACCGCCUGCGCCUGGAGAGGAUGGACCGCAUCGAGAAGGAGCGCAAGCACCAGAAGGAGUUAGAACUUGUGGAGGAUGUCUGGAGAGGGGAAGCACAGGAUCUUCUUACUCAAAUUGCACAGCUGCAGGAGGAGAAUAAACAACUGAUGACAAACUUGUCUCACAAAGACAUUAAUUUCACUGAAGAGGAAUUUCAGAAACAUGAAGGAAUGUCAGAAAGAGAGCGGCAAGUCAUGAAGAAGCUGAAGGAAGUGGUAGAUAAACAAAGAGAUGAAAUCAGGGCAAAGGACCGAGAGCUUGGACUUAAAAACGAGGAUGUAGAGGCUCUUCAACAGCAACAGAACAGGUUAAUGAAAAUUAACCAUGACCUGCGGCACCGGAUCACUGUCGUGGAGGCACAGGGGAAGGCACUGAUUGAGCAGAAGGUGGAGUUGGAAGCAUACUUGCAAACCAAGGAGCAGGAGAUGGGCAACCUGCGAGCAGAGCUAGGGAAACUCAGAGAAAAAUUGCAGGGUGAGGACAGCCAAAAUGGUGAAGAAAUAAAGACAGAACCAAACAACGAUGACUGCCUCUCAGAGUCAGAAAAGAUGGCAGUAGACUUAAAAGAUCCAAAUCGUCCCAGAUUCACCUUGCAGGAGCUCCGGGAUGUCCUUCAUGAGAGGAAUGAAUUGAAAUCUAAAGUGUUUUUACUUCAAGAGGAGCUUUUAUAUUACAAAAGUGAUGAAACAGAAGAAGAAACUAGAUCCCCUCAACCUACACCCAUAAUUCAGUCAAAAACCUCAACUCAGCCAGAGUCUGGAAUCAAACGACUGUUUAGUUUCUUCUCUCGUGAUAAGAGACGCAUGCAGGCAUCACAGAGAAAUGUCCACUUCCAGGAUACUUUUGGUGAAUGGGCAAACUCAAAUAAAGAUGACUCCUACACUGAACAAGGACAAGAAGCCCUGCAGCACCUGUGACUAAAGCCUUGCGGUGUUCAGCUUACUGCAGUAGAUCUUGACAGUCUAGUAACAAGAAGCUUCUGUAAAGAAAUCUGGCAGUUCAUCACUUUUAUUUGCCUUGCACACCUCAGUGGUUGUGUUUCAGAUGUACUCUUCAAAAGGGAUCCCUCACUGUUUAUUUGGUGACUGUUUGCCAAAAACAGAAUCCAAGCUUUGUAAUAACAGUCACUGAUACCUUGGGAUAUUGAAGCUUCUAGAUGACUUGUUUUGUGCUGAACAACAAGUCUAUGGUCUUGCUCAUGCAUUAACUACAGUAACACAAGCUUCUUUAAACCAAAAAAAAAAAAGACCUGUGCUAUUAUUAGAAGAUUGUUUGCAGUGUACAAUAUCUAUUGGAAAAGACUCUCUUAUGCUGUUUGUUAAAACUUUUGAUUGUUUGCUUUUUCUUAAUUCUGUAAGAUUUUUUUUCGAGAGAGAUACCACGGCUCCAUGGCAGGUCUAGCACUGCUAUAUCUUGCCAAGUUCAGCUAGCAUCUGCAUCUUGCAGUCUUGCACUUGGAAAUCCACCUGAUACAAACUGAGAAGCUGGAAUAGCCUUGAGAGGGAUAGUGAAUACAUUUCUCUUGCUGCAUAUAGUGCCUAAAGCAUGAAGAAACCGAUGUAUGAGGUGAGCGUGCCUUGCAUUUUGCCAUGAGUUCUACAGUACUAAUGGAAAAUUAAUUGUUCGCAAAGAGGAUUUCUAACACUCAAUUUUUUUCCUUCUUACGAAGGUCUUCCCCCUAGAGCAGCAAACAGCUGCGCUAAAGGAAUUAGCUCCCCUUCCCAUAGACAGGUUUUGAAUAAUGUCACACUCCAUUUUCCUUUCUAGAUGAAGACUGCCUAAUUUCAGGGUGAGACGACCUCCUCAGCUAGCUGACAUGAACUGUUUUAACUGACUUAGGGAUGGCCCCAGCCCAAACUUUUCCUUUCACUAGUCUAAACACUAUUUGGGGUUGUAGAAUGGAUGAAUUCUACACGUGCAAGCUGCUUUACUGGUGUCAGCUGAGGUUUAGGUAGCCUGCAGUUAUGGGCGGGCUUAAUGGGCCAACAGUGCCAGCACAUGAACACAACCAGCUGUCAGAAGGUGAGUUUUAGACCUGCUUUCCAAUUAAGUUUGUGAAACCAUUGGGACUGGUUGAUGUCAUUCUUAUAAAAAAUGUAACAACAAAGCCCCAUGCAACAUAGAUGCACCCUGCACUCCUCAAAAGCACACUAAGCAAGCUCUGCUCAGGCAGGAGAGAGCAAGUACACCCACUUCUUCACAAAGGAGGCACCGAGGUCUUUCUAUGGACGUGGCUGUACGCUUGAGACCUGCACUGGAGCACAGCGCUGCUUGUGAGCAGUAUCUCUAGUUACGACAAGGUCCUAGGCAACUUCUGCUAAUGUAGCUUAGUUCAGACAGCUAUGGGCUGCUGUUGGCAUCUUAAUCCCCAGCAGCCAGAUCUGCUCUGAAAAGAGGCUGCUCUCAGGAGCGGCACUAAACAGGAGCCAGUGCUCAAACAAAAGCUCCAACUACUCUGGGUGCUAAAUGCCUGAGGAUGGCUGUAAAGACUCCUAGAUGACAGCAAGUCAAAGGGUUUAAUACAAGGUGUUUAUUUUCUGUUUUUAAUUUUCAGUUUCUAUGUCCCAUUAUGGGUUAUCUAACAUGUAUGGGCAGGGAACAAUUUUAAUCUGUCCAUAGUGAAACUGUGCUAAGAAACCAUUUUUGCAAUGGUGGGCCAAAGGCUGCUCUAUUCCAUCCUGUAACUGUACUAUAUUUUGAACCUUGAACUUCAGCAUGCUCCAGGUACUUCUCAAGUAUUUUCUCCCUCUCCCCAACAGGCUACAGUCUUUUUAAAUAUCAGUUUCAUUUAGUCUCCAGUCAGCAGACCAUUCGCAGCAGUUCAAAGCAUGGUUGGGAAUAUACCUUAGCACUUUCAUGAGAAACUGCUGCUGCAGAACUUACUUACAUACAACUCCAAUAUUAAAAAAAGCAUUCACCGGCCCUUCAAGUUGUCACUGCAUUUUGGGAGAAGGGGAAAGGAGGGAGGGGAUGGCCUUAUAUGAAAGGCAUCUACAUGUGAAAUACUGACAAUAAUGUCCGACACUAAUGUAUGACACUAGUAGGGACACUUUUGCAUCUCUAAGCCAGUUAAAUUUUGUUAACGCUUACAGAGAGCUGUAUUCAUAAAAUGGCAGCAUUCCUCCUUUUAUGUGAAAAGCAAUUCUUAAAUAGGAGGAGUCUUAAUUUAAUGAUAUGUAAGUUGCUAAGAUCCCAGUUUCUUUUACAGAUUGGGGAAAAGGGAAAAAAAGGAAACAAGUACACUACAUUUGUAUCAGGCAGAUAAAAUAAGUUACAACUGUUCUGCAGUUCUUGAGUACGUAUUAGUCUAACACUUUUGUUCUUUAGCCAUGAGCAAAGUUUAACGUACCUCCUCAAAGCCACUGAACAUCUCUUGAUGUGUUCUUGUACAGACAUAAUGUUUGAGUGGGAGCUAGAAACAGAAAUGGAUCAUUGUUGCUGUUAAAAAAAAAAUCAUGAUUUUAUACAGAAUUUGAUGGAAGAAUCACACCACAUGAAUGCAGCCUGUUGAGUGUCUCCCUAGCAUAGUUUACAGUCGUUGGGCACAUUUACAAGAGAUAUAGCAAUAGGAAACAAUGCAAGAACGCAGCACAUUCACAGCCUGAAUAAGCACAUCACUUUUCACAUCAGCUAAGAGCCAUGGACUGAAAUAAUAGAAAUACACAGACUGAACAUUUUCUCCCCUAGCAUAUAAGCUCAUGUAUUAAAAAGGAAGUCUCCAGACCUAGUUAGUGCAUGUAAAGCUAGUCCCACAGGCUAGGAUCCAAUGCACUAUCGUUAGGUCAAAUUUGCAGCCAAGUUCUGCAAGUUCUACUGGCACUAAGCAGUACAACCUUCCCCCAUUCCUAUCUGUACCCCAUUACCUCAAAAAUAUGAAGAGUUACUCCUGACCUACUAACAUAACCAUCCUUCAUUUUUUUGUUAGAAAUGCUGAGUUCAUACACUCCAAGUGGCAAUCAAAAAGGAUGCCAUGUAGGGAAGAAUAUGUAAAGAGUUGAAGAUCUGUCAUGUAGUUUCUCAGUAUUCAAGUAAAACCUGUUUUUUUUUAAAAAAAGGGGCCAGGAUGUUGUCAGGUAAAGGGCAUAGCAAUCCUGCAUACAGAGUGCAGGUUCACUUAAGUCUUUUUGGGUUUGUUUUGUUUUUGUUUUUUGGAGGGGGUAGUAAAUCAUUUUAAUAGUUUAAUAAAUAUUUCUGAAAUACAA